AUGGGAGAAGGAGGUGAAGAAGGACUUCAUGGAUUGGAAGUAGAAAAUCAUGGUCGUAUUGGUCCAAGUGGUCAUAAUCAUGGUGUUCAUGAACCAUUAAAUUUUUAUGAUUCACAAGAUGAUCAUCAUUUUACCUUUAAUCAUCAACCAAAUAUUGCAAAACAACGUUUCGAGGAAGCAUUGGAUUUUUAUUAUGAUUCUGAACCACAAACUAAAGUUGAAUUGGAAAUUGAUGAUUUGGUUCAUGAUAAUCCUGUUGUAGUUUUUAGUAAAUCUUAUUGUCCAUAUUCACGAAAGGUAAAACAUAUUCUUUCACUGUAUCAUAUUUCACCUAGUGUUUUGAUAAUCGAAGUUGAUAAUAGAGAUGAAUUUAAACAAGCAUUGAUAAAGUCAACAUAUCGAAGUACAUUUCCAAAUAUAUUUAUUGAUGGUAAAUCAAUCGGUGGUAGCGAUGAACUUGCUACUAUGCAUUCAAAUGGUCGAUUAAGUGAAAUACUCGUUGAUGCUGGUGUCCUUGAUAGUUCGGAAAUUUUAAAUCACGAAAUUUUUCGACCAUCUUUAUAA